UACAUUGGGAUCAUAAGUAAUCUCAGUCGUAAGUAUGGUGUUUGAGGUUCAGCUUCUCCGCGUGUCUGAGGCAGCAAGCGGCGCGCGAAGGGAUGCUGCGACAAGAACAGAUUGAAACGCGUUUCACGCAUUGGCAAGUAUGAGCUGGAAAGAGUGUACAAGAAGUCGCACGUCAGGUUCAAGGAAAACUCUUAGUCUCUUCAUCCCCAGUUAUUCAUUCUUAGCGUCAUGUUCUUCUACCAGUCCUUCAUGUUUUCGUCGUUCGUAGUGGGCGCCUUUGCGCACGCCACAUGCAGGCUUCCUAAAUCAUCCGUACCAUACAUAUCUGGCAUCCCAUCGUGGCAGUCGAGCGACUACAUUUGCCAAGGACCUCCAGACAUCUACAUUGUUGAACCCAGCAAUGGCAAAGGUCUGGGUGUUUUUGCGCUUCACGACCUCGACAUUGGCGACAUCGUCAUGCGCGAAACACCAAUACUGAAAAUCGAUCCACCGGAGUACGUGAGAGGCACCGGAUAUCCAAUGGCUCAGGUAAUAGAGCUCGUUCGGAAGGAGUUUGAGGGUCUCUCUCCGGAUGUGCAGGCAGAAGUAAUGUCUCUUACAUACCAUGCGACCGCGGUAGAGGAGGCGACAACGGACAAGCUCGGUAUCAUCUUCAGAACAAACGCAUACAACACAGAUGAUCAGAUCGGCCUAUUCCCGAAAAUUGCCAGGAUCAACCACUCAUGCCGACCAAACACUAGCUACUACUGGAGCAAGAAAUUGAACAAGAGGGUGGUGUACGCCAACAGAAAGAUCAAGAAAGGGGAAGAGUUCUUCGUAUCGUAUAUCGGCCUUCUCUCGUCCCAUGAGGAGCGACAGAAACGCCUUGACCGCUAUGGCUUCAAAUGCACCUGCGAAGCAUGCGCAGCAGAGCAAGCUAUCAAACAAGCCAGCAACCAGCGACGAGUCGAGAUCAGCAAAGCGUUCAUAGACUUUGAGCCACAGUUGACCCUCGACGUGCCCAAGUCGAAGUCAGCCAAACGACAAGCCCGCAAGAACGCGCAAGCAAGUUCACAACUUGCUGGACUUGUUGAGCAAGAGGGUCUUGCUGACUACUAUGCCAAAGCGUACCGAAUUGCCGCUAUCAGUCACGCGAGGAUCGAGGACUGGCAACCAGCGACAAUAUUUGCGAACAAGGGAUACAAGCUCAAGCAUAUGGAGGAUCCGGAGUCUCCGUACACUGCGGAGAUGUAUUCGCUUACUAGUAGCUUUAUACAGAGUUGGGAGAGUGAGCUGAAGAAUCAGUCGUCCAAGAAAGUGUCGAAGUAGAC